GUGGAUUAACGCAGUGGUUUCUCUGACAGACUUGUCACACUUUUGUGAAGAAUAUACUUUUUUUCUGUUAUUUCAUUUGAAUCUGCGGAUCAAGUAUAAGUCGUUUCCUAAUCUAUCAGGAAUUGCACUUUCUAAGAGGAGUUAUGAUACUUAGAGGUCUGUGCUUACUGCCAGUGCUACUCAUUUGCGCCCCAGCGCUACCUCAAGAUGGGGAGCUGGAUGAUGAGUCCGUCUUUGACCUGUUCUCCAUCAGUAACAUUAACCGCAGAACUAUUGGAGCUAAGCUCUUCAAGGGUCACGACUGGGACUCCCCUGCAUACCGCUUCAUCCGUUUCGACCAGCUGCCCGCCGUUAGCACGCCGAUCCUCCGGCAGCUAUUGAAGCAGAUCCAGAAUAAUGAAGGCUUCGUAUUCGCGGCUAGCAUGCGCCAGGACCGCGCCUCUAGAGGGACACUGGUCGGACUGGAGAGUUCGAACGGCCGCCGGCAGUUCGAGAUUGUGUCCAACGGUCGUGCCAACACAUUGGACUUAGUAUACUGGGUGGACGGCUCUCAAAAUGUUGUAUCGUUUGAGGACGUGGACUUGUCAGAUUCACAGUGGAAAAACAUCACGCUGCACGUGCAUGGGGAGAAUGCGCACCUGUACGUUGGCUGCACCCUUAUCGAUAGUUUCAUCCUGGAUGAUCCGUUCUAUGAGCAUCUUCAGCCCGAGGGCAGCCGGAUGUAUGUGGCCAAAGGUUCCAUCCGCGAAAACCACUUCAGGGGAUUGCUUCAGAAUGUGAAAUUCAUCUUUGACACCACCUUGGAGGACGUCCUGACAAGCAAGGGCUGUGAGAUCACAAAGCCAGUCGAGGCGAACACGGUGACGGGGAGUGCCGAGAUCGUGGACGUGAGUCCCGUCAUCACCACCAACUUCAUCGGUCAGAAGACGCAGAAGCUGAGCUCGGACCUGUGCGAGCGCUCGUGCGAGGAGCUCAGCACGCUCUUCCAGGAGCUCAAGGGGCUCCGCAUCAUCGUGGGCAACCUCAUGGACGGCCUGCAGAAAGUCACGGAGGAAAACACAGCCAUGAAGGAGGUGCUGGGCAAGAUGAAGAACUCCAAGGAGAAGCACAUGUGCUGGCAGGACGGCCGUCUGUUCGAGGAUAAAGAGGACUGGGUCGUGGACAGCUGCACCAAGUGUACCUGCCAGGAGUCCAAGAUCGUGUGUCACCAGAUCACGUGUCCAGCAGUGGCCUGCGCCAUCCCGACCUUCCUGGACGGAGAGUGCUGUCCCGUGUGUUUGCCCAAUGACAGUGAGGACGGCUGGUCUCCCUGGUCGGAGUGGACGGAGUGCACGGUGACCUGCGGGACGGGCACGCAGCAGAGGGGCCGCUCGUGCGACGCCACCAGCAACCCCUGCAGCGGGCCCUCCAUCCAGACCCGCAAGUGCCAGCUGGCCAAGUGUGACAGUCGCGUGCGUCAGGACGGCGGCUGGAGCUUGUGGUCGCCGUGGUCAUCGUGCUCCGUCACCUGCGGCGAGGGCCAGAUUACGCGCAUCCGCCACUGCAACGCCCCCGUGCCACAGCUGGGGGGCAAGGACUGCGAGGGCAGCGGCCGAGAGACGCAGCGCUGCGAAGCCAAGCCCUGUCCCAUCGAUGGUGGUUGGGGCCCGUGGUCUCCAUGGGCAGUCUGCUCGUUGACCUGCGGCGGCGGCACCAGGGGCCGGACACGUGUCUGCAACAGCCCCCGACCCCAGUACGGAGGCAGGAGGUGCCAGGGCGAGCUCAAGGACAACGAGGCCUGCAACAAACAAGACUGCCCCAUCGAUGGAUGUCUCUCCAACCCAUGCUUUGGUGGCGUGGAUUGCAACAGCGCCCCCGAUGGCUCAUGGGAGUGCGGCCCUUGCCCCGUCGGCUUCCGCGGCAACGGAACCCACUGUGAAGACGUCAAUGAGUGUGACAUGGUCGCCGAUGUGUGCUUCAGCGUGGGGGGAACCCAGCGUUGCAUUAACACCAACCCAGGAUUCCACUGCUUGCCCUGUCCGCCCAGAUACAAGGGCACUCAACCCUUCGGUAUGGGUAUAGAGGCCGCCAAGAAAAACAAACAGGUAUGUGAGCCGGAGAACCCCUGCAAAGACAGAACCCACAGCUGCCACAGGCACUCGGAGUGCAUCUACCUCAGUCAUUUCAGCAACCCCAUGUACAAGUGCGAGUGCAAGAUCGGCUUCGCCGGCGACGGUUUCAUCUGCGGCGAAGACUCUGACCUGGAUGGAUGGCCCAAUCAGAACCUUGUGUGCGGUGCCAAUGCCACCUACCACUGCAAGAAGGACAACUGCCCCAACCUGCCCAACUCUGGACAGGAGGACUUUGACAAGGACGGGCAGGGAGACGCCUGUGACAAGGACGAUGACAACGAUGGAAUCCUGGAUGAGAUAGACAACUGCCCCCUCCUGUACAACCCCAGGCAGUUUGACCAUGACAAAGACGACGUCGGUGACCGCUGCGACAACUGCCCCUACGAGCACAACCCGGCACAGAUCGACACAGACAACAACGGGGAGGGCGACGCCUGUGCAGUGGACAUCGAUGGAGAUGAGAUCCUCAACGAGCAGGACAACUGCCCGUACGUGUACAACACUGACCAGAAGGACACAGACAUGGACGGCGUGGGAGACCAGUGUGAUAACUGUCCCCUGCUGCACAACCCCGACCAGAUUGAUACAGAUAACGAUUUGGUUGGAGAUUCGUGUGACAAUAACCAGGACAUUGACGAGGAUGGUCACCAGAACAACCUGGACAACUGUCCCUAUGUAGCCAACGCCAACCAGGCAGACCACGACAAGGAUGGCAAAGGAGAUGCCUGCGACUUUGAUGAUGACAACGACGGCAUUCCUGAUGACAAGGACAACUGCAGGCUGGUACCCAACAAAGACCAGCUGGAUUCUGAUGGUGAUGGAAGAGGUGACGCCUGCAAAGACGACUUUGACAACGACAGCAUCCCCGACAUCUUCGACGCGUGUCCAGAGAACGACGGCAUCAGCAGCACGGACUUCAGGAAGUUCCAGAUGGUGCAUCUGGACCCCAAAGGAACCACGCAAAUCGACCCCAACUGGGUGGUGCGGCACCAAGGCAAAGAGCUGGUGCAGACCGCCAACUCUGACCCUGGCAUUGCUGUCGGCUUCGACGAGUUCAACGCGGUGGACUUCAGCGGCACGUUCUACGUCAACACCGACCGCGACGACGACUACGCCGGGUUCGUGUUUGGCUACCAGUCCAGCGGCCGCUUCUACGUGGUCAUGUGGAAGCAGAUCACGCAGACCUACUGGGAGGACAAGCCCUCCAAGGCCUUUGGCAUCUCGGGAGUCUCCCUCAAGGUGGUGAACUCCACCACAGGUACGGGCGAACACCUGAGAAACGCCCUGUGGCACACGGGAGACACAGCAGGACAGGUGCGUACGCUAUGGCACGACCCAAAGAACAUCGGCUGGAAGGACUACACCGCCUACAGAUGGCAUCUCAUCCACAGACCAAAGACUGGCUUCAUCAGGGUGGUGGUUUAUGAAGGCAAACAGAUCAUGGCUGACUCAGGACCUGUCUAUGACAGGACAUUCGCAGGCGGACGGUUAGGUCUGUUUGUCUUCUCCCAAGAGCUGGUCUUCUUCUCCGAUCUGAAAUACGAGUGCCGAGAUAACCCAGACUUGCCCUCAGUGUUCUUCAGAUAACUGAGUCAACAUGGAAACUACAAAGGACCAUCACCUUGUCACUAUCCACCAUCCGGACUGAACUUCAACGUGUAUCUUCAGAGUCUGUAUCUAUUGAGCAUCGAGCAUCAUGAUGAAUCUCUAACUGAGAGCUUGUGGUGUGUGCUGUUGAACACCUAAGGCCUGUGACGUGAAGACAAACACAUGAGCUGACAUUGCCAUCAUAUUCAAAGAACCACUUUAGUGCUUUGUAUCACUAUGUUGUACACGUGCAUAACAGUACGUAUACCAGGCCUCUGCGUAAAUGUUACGAGUAAACGAGUUAUUGUUUUUUUUUUUUUUAAUUCCUAUCUUCUUUCUUUGACAAGGAUAAGAGAGCUCUGAGUAUGAUGUCAUGAUGACGCUAUGGUGAUGAUGACGCUAUGUUCGGUCAAAACGUUUUCCAUCCAAUGACACAGAGCUGCUUAAGUUUAAAAAGCAGCCAUCAACUUACCAGACUUCAGGAUUUAGCAAAAGCCAAAUUGCAAAACUUGCACAAUUUUGAUAUUUGUUUUGAAUUGUCGCUACGGUAUUUUUUGGCAUCUUCAAUGCAUUUUUGUCAGUUGAGGUUCUGUUUUUUUUCCCACUUCAAUUUGACUUAGUUCUUUAAAGGUCUUAAUACAUCCCUAUAUUUUAAGAGGGAUCUUUUCAUAGACUUUCGAGCGUUGUAGGUACCUUUUGGGGGAAAGAUGUUUAUAUUUAGAUUGUAUUAUAAUUUCUUUUUGUAAAUUAUUUAUGUGACUCCUGCCUUUGAAUGGGGUAAUGUCUUGUUUCUUGGUUUGCUUUUAUUUUCCCUAGAGAUUGUAAAUAAUUAUUUAUUUGUUUACACUGACAAAUUUCACUAUUGUCGUGCAACAGAAAAAAUACAGACCUAUUCCAUUGUUUCUGCAAACACGAAGCCAAUGUUUAUUGAAGUGUCAAGCAAAAUAAAAAAGAAAAUAUAAGCAAUACAAAGAAAUUUCACCCAGAAAUCAAAUGCAGUUGGGCAUUUCGGUUUAUUUUUGUCAAGCGUAGAAUCUGAUAUGUAUUUUCUACAACUUUUUUGUUGUGUUGUAUGUGUAAUGAUAAGCAAGCAUAUUUUUUUUGUGAUACUUUUGUAUAAUGCACAGAUAUAAAAGCCGUUUUUGAACUUGAUUGUUAGAUUCACCUUUCCCACCUAAAUGUGUGUAAGAAAGUAUGCCGUUGUCACAGGAAGUAUUUUUUUGUCAUAAAUAAAUGUUUCAU